GAAGAAGAAGAAGAAUCUAGCCCUUGGUGGGCGGAGCCAAAAGCAGGAAGUGGAACGUAAACAUCAAAACGGCUGUCUAGCUUUAUCGAUUUUGAACUUUAAUUGUAUCUGUUGUCUCGUCGUUCUUUCCUGAACGUCUAAAGGAGGACUCUCAUUGAGUCCCCAGAGCUAGUCCCACAGAGCUGGUCCAGCUUAAGGACAACAUGGAAGAGACGAGUCGGGAGGCUGUAGCCACUGCAGUGCAGCGUGUUGCUGGGAUGCUGCAGAGGUCAGACCAGCUGGAUAAAGUGGAGCAGUACCGGAGGAGAGAAGCCCGUAAGAAGGCCUCCGUGGAAGCCAGGCUGAAGGCAGCAAUCCAGUCUCAGCUGGACGGCGUUCGAACAGGACUGACCCAGCUGCACAGUGCCCUGCUGGAUGUCAAGGACAUCCAGAGUUCACUGGCUGAUGUGAGCAAAGACUGGAGACAAAGCAUCAACACUAUCGAGAACCUAAAAGAUGUCAAGGAUGCUGUAGUUCAACACAGUCAGCUGGCCUCUGCUGUGGAGAACCUCAAAAACAUCUUCUCUGUCCCGGAGAUCGUGGUGGAGACCCAGCAGCUGAUAGAACAGGGGGAGCUGCUGCAGGCCCACAGGAAGCUCAUGGAGCUGGAGUGUUCGCGGGACGACCUCAUGUACGAGCAGUACCGUAUGGACAGCAAGAACACCAGCGACAUGCACCUCAUCUCCAUCUAUUUUGAAGAUGUUCAAGGAUUGUCUGAUGAACUGGCCAAGCAGUUAUGGAUGGUCCUCCAAAGGUCCAUGGUCACGGUUCGCCGCGACCCCACCAUGUUGGUGUCUGUAGUUCGCAUCAUCGAGCGGGAGGAGAAGAUCGAUCGUCGAAUGGUCGACCGAAAGAAGCAGUCUGGCUUUAUUCCUCCUGGGAGGCCUAAACGCUGGAAGGACAAAAUGUUUGAGGUGCUGGAGGGGACAGUCGGCACACGCAUUGAAGGCACCCAGGCGGUGACCAGAGAGGCUGAUAAAAUGUGGCUCGUCCGUCUGUUGGAAAUAACAAGAAAAUAUGUUCUGGACGACCUUAUUGUUGUCCAAAACCUGAUGGUGCAGUGCUUCCCGCCACACUACAACACCUUCAACAGGUUCUUCAGCCUCUAUCAUAAUGCCGUGUCCAGCCGUGUGAAGGAGCUGGCCUCAGAAGAGUUGGAGGCCAAUGAGAUUGUGUCGCUUCUCACCUGGGUCCUCAACACGUACAAAAGUGUUGAGAUGAUGGGCCAUCCAGAUCUCAGUUCGGAGUGUGACAUAAAUCAGCUGGAGCCGUUGCUGCCGCAGGAUGUGGUGAAUGAACUUCUCAGCAAAUAUGUGAAGACUUUUACCUCUAAUAUAACAGGCUGGCUGAGGAAGGCCCUGGAGACGGAUAAGAAGGACUGGCAGAAGGAAAGCGAGCCUGAGGCAGACCAGGAUGGGUUCUACCAGACCACGCUGCCAGCCAUCGUCUUUCAGAUGUUUGAACAAAAUCUUCAGGUAGCUGCACAGAUCGAUGGAGACUUCAAAGAACAGGUUCUAAAGCUUUGCCUGAAGCAGAUGCACUCUUUCCUCGUCAGAUAUCGGGAGGAAGCUGUUGCCUACAAGGAGGAGCACCUGAAAGACAGACAGCUGCCUCAGUGUUAUGUACAGUACAUGAUAGCCAUCAUCAACAACUGCCAGACAUUCAAAGAGUCCAUCAGCAGUCUGAAGAGGAAGUAUUCCCGGUCCUCGGAGCUCAGCGACAGCGACGCUGCUAUUGACAGGACACUAGGUGAGGUGGCCAAGGAGGGCUGCCAGUUCCUGUUAGACGAAGUCUUCCUGGAUCUGGAGCAUCACCUGAGCGAACUGUUGACCAGGAAGUGGCUGACGGGUUCUCAUGCAGUUGAUACUAUCUGCGUCACAGUGGAGGACUACUUCAAUGACUUCAACAAAAUUAAAAAACCGUUCAAUCAGGAGAUGACCAACGAGGCCCAUCGUAGGGUGGUGGUAGAGUACAUCAAAGCAGUCAUGCAGAAGAGAAUCACUUUUAAAAAUGCCGAUGAGAGGAAAGAAGGAGCCGAAAGGAUGAUCAAAGAAGCUGAUCAGUUCAAAUUCCUCUUCAAGAAACUGGCAGCGGGCGAAGACACAGAGCGUCUUUGUGGGGCCAUCUCUGCUAUAGCUGAAGUGUUCAAGCUGACAGACCCCACUCUGUUGUUCUUAGAGGUCACCACUCUGGUUUCCAAAUAUCCUGAUAUCAGGGAGGAGCACAUCCAGGCGCUGCUUUCUGUGCGUGGUGAUGCCACCAGAGAGAUGAGACAGAUGAUUAUUGGAACCCUCAGUGAAAACAGAGUAUCCUACACUGGAACCACACAGCCUGUAUUCAAAGACAUUACUGUUCCCUCCAUCACCAUGACUACCAUGACCUCCAUGGCAACUGCUAAGUUGCUAAAAUAAAUCAAAAUCUGACACUAUUUUCACUAAAAACUGAUUCAUCUGGGACUGAUACUGCCCUGUUGUCUUCUUACAUUUCAUUAUUGUUUAUUCUUUGAUGUUCUCCUAUGUUUGCUUGAUUAACACAAUAAAAUCUGACUUAUAAAUAUGAA